AUGGGGCCCUCCCUGCAGCUCUACCCCCUCUGGCAGCCACAGGCCAGCCUGGGGCCCAGCCGGCCGAAACAGCUUCCCGACAAGUGGCAACACGACCUUUUCGACAGCGGCUUCGGCGGGGGCGCCGGCGUGGAGACGGGGGGGAAGCUGCUGGUGUCCAACCUGGACUUCGGAGUGUCCGACGCGGACAUCCAGGAGCUGUUUGCGGAGUUCGGGACUCUGAAGAAGGCCGCCGUGCACUACGACCGCUCUGGCCGCAGCCUGGGAACAGCCGACGUGCACUUUGAGCGGAAGGCAGACGCCCUGAAAGCCAUGAAACAGUACAACGGCGUCCCUUUGGAUGGCCGCCCCAUGAACAUCCAGCUCGUCACCUCACAGAUAGACACGCAGCGCAGGCCGGUACAGAGUGUGAGCAGAGGCGGGAUGACUAGAACCCGAGGAUCCGGAGGCUUCGGCGGCGGCACUCGGAGAGGCGCCCGUGGAGGCAGCCGGGGCAGAGGCAGGGGCACCGGCCGGAGUUCAAAGCAGCAGAUCUCUGCAGAGGAGCUGGACGCCCAGCUGGACGCUUACAACGCGAGGAUGGACACCAGCUAAAGCACCAGCAAGUCCGUGCGUGGAGCUAGGCCUGAACGUCGUCUCCCGCUGCUUCCCGAGGGCGGGCCGGCGGGGCCCUGUGGCCAAUGAUGGAGUUGUUUCUUCUGUUUUAAAAUAGGAUUUAAAACUCAUGUAAAGAUUUCUUUUCCUUUUUUUUUUUCUUUUUUUUAAAAAAUUCUGAAACAGACCUGUUUUGUACCGAGUUAUUUUUGGGAUAAAUUUUACUGGUUGCUGUUGUGGAGGAGGUGGCGUUUUCACCUUUGCCAUAAUAAACAGAAACGUGUGUAGAA